AGCGGUGUGACGUUGAUUUAACUUUUCAUUUUGUUAUAAUAAAAUAAAAUUGUAAAAAUAUAUAAAGGUGUAACUGUUUUGUAGUGACAAGAUUCUUGUAUGCUCUGUCUCUUUCCUUUGUAUUUAAUAAUGAUUUGUCAAAAUCAAUGCUGCAUAAGCCAUUUGUAGAAUGAAACGCAGCAUCAUUAAAAUGACAUUAAAUCUGUCACUCUUUGAAUACGCUAUUUGAUAAAUUCUAUUGUUAUUAUAAAUUUUACGAUUGUGUGUGUGAAAAGAUGUCUGCGAAUAGGUUAUUUAAUGCUUACGUUAUUUUAAUAUGGGUUUUCUAAGUUUUCUUAAUAUUUUCUUUAUCACAUAAUUAAUGGUAUUUAUCAUGAGUAAUAACUGCAUAUGUAAUUUAGUCAAUCUGACAAGCUGAAUCAAUUGUACUUUAUAAUUAUAAUGUACUUUAGUAUUCUUAUGAAAAGAAUAAAGUGGUUUUAAGUGACAUUUGUAAAGAAAUCGUAGUUAGUGACAUGUUUGGAACAUCAGUUUUGUGCUGUGUAGAAAGGAAUGAGGUUUCUACUGUUGUUUUAUCUUAACUGUGCAAUUUAUCUGCAUACAUUUGUAACAUUCUCUAGCUUACAUAUAAUAGUGAUUUAACGCUUAAAAAUAGAACACUUCCAAAAAUGCUGGAAGUAGGCUUACGUGUUGUGCGUGGUCAAGAUUGGAAAUGGGAGGACCAAGAUGGUGGAGAAGGUCAUGCCGGUACAGUGGUAGAAAUUGGUAAACCACCAUCUGGAAGUUCAGCUUCUAGUCCUAAUCCUGCUGAUAGAACGCCUGACAAGACUGUUAUCGUUCAGUGGGAUCAUGGUUCUAGAAGUAAUUAUAGAAUUGGAUAUCAAGGAGCUUAUGAUUUGCUUGUCUUUGACAACGCAGCUAUCGGUGUAAAACACUGUAAUAUUAUUUGUGAUGGAUGUAAAAAGCGUGGCAUAAUUGGUAUGAGAUGGAAGUGUACAGAAUGCUCUGAUUAUGAUUUAUGCACACAAUGCUAUAUGGCAGAUGUACAUGAUUUAACUCAUACUUUUCAAAGAUUUCAAACUCCUACUUCUAUAGAGAUACAACUGAGUGCGAGAGAAGGUUGUACCAAGAUACCUUUGAAAGGUAUUUUCAUCGGAGCAAAAGUAGUUCGUGGACCAGAUUGGGAAUGGGGAAAUCAAGAUGGAGGUUCAGGUAAAAGUGGAAGAGUUAUGGAUAUUCGUGGUUGGGAUAAUGAAAGCAGCCGUUCAGUUGCUACCGUCACAUGGUCUACAGGAAGUACUAAUGUCUAUCGACUUGGAUAUAAAGGUUGCGUAGAUUUAUGUUAUAUAGAAGAAGCCACUGCUGGUACCUAUUAUAAGGAACAUCUUCCACUUCUUGGUCAACCUGUAAUCGUAUAUCCAGACAGUAAACACGAUUCUGUAUUGAACAGAGGCAGUACUCCUAAUGUUGUUGUUUCUAGUCUUCGUCAAUCAACAUUUAACAUUGGAGAUAAAGUCAAAGUUUUGAUUCAAGUAGAAGCUCUUAAAGAAAUGCAAGAUGGUCAUGGUGGAUGGAAUCCACGCAUGGCAGAAUAUAUAGGAAAGAUUGGGACUGUUCAUCGGGUAACAGACAAGGGAGAUAUUCGUGUACAAUACGAAGGUUGUAAUAACAGAUGGACAUUUCAUCCAAAAGCUUUAACGAAAGUAACAAGCAAAGAUAUAUUCUCUCUUGGAGAUAUAGUUAGAGUAAAAAAUGAUUUAAUUACGGUGAAACAUUAUCAACGAGGACACGGAGAAUGGAUAGAUGUAAUGAAAACAGCUCUUGGAAAAACUGGAAAAAUAAUAAAAAUAUAUUCGGAUGGAGAUCUGCGUGUAGCACUGGAUGGCCAUACGUGGACAUUUAAUCCUUUGAGCGUAUCAUUGAUGCCACCUGGAUCGCAUAACAUACCUGUUAUAAAUGAAGAAGCAGAUAGGAAUAGAGAUCGAUCAGUCAGUGCAACGGAUAAUGAAGUAGAGAAAUUGUUACGAGAUGCUGCUAGAGGCGAGGCAGGCGUUCAAGCGGUAAGAGAAUUUUUGAAAAAAUAUCCCAGUAGAGUAGAUGCUCGAGCUGGUGGUCCUAGCGGGGAGAAAAAAACUUGCCUACAAGUGGCUGCACACCAAGGACAGCACGACCUUUGCAUACUUCUUCUCGAUGCCGGAGCUUCUUUACGAGCGGUCGACGAAGACGGAGAUACUCCACUACAUUAUGCUGCUUUUGGCAAUCAACCAGAAAUAAUGGAAUUACUUCUGUCGCGAGGUGCGGCUAUCAAUGCUGUAAAUAAUGGUAAAUGCAGUGCUCUGCAUGUUGCUGUAAAUAAACAGCACGUUCAAUGUGUAAAAAUAUUGUUACGUUAUAAUUGUGAUGUGAAUCUACAAGAUUCAUAUGGAGAUACGGCGUUACACGAUGCUAUUGGAAAAGACGCGCUUGAUAUUAUCGACGCGCUUUGUGCUUGCGAAAGGAUUAACUUUACUUUACGUAAUAAGCGUGGUUUUAAUGUAUUACAUCAUGCUGCUUUAAAGGGUAAUGCACAUGCUACGGAAAGACUGAUGACAAGAGCACGGCAUUUGGUAGAUGUGAAGAAGGAAGAUGGUUUUGCGGCAUUACACCUUGCAGCGUUGAAUGGUCAUAAAGAUGUGGCAGCUACGCUUCUUUCUCCAAAUGGCGGAUGUGCAAAAGUAGAUUUACGUAAUAAUAGAGGACAAACGGCUUUGCAUUUGGCUACUUCGCAAGCGCAUUGGUCUCUGAUAGAACUGCUUAUAGAUUAUAAUGCAGACAUUACUAGCACUGAUGAAGAUGGAGAUACGGCAUUGCAUAUUGCUGUAGCCAAAAGUCCGAAUCAACCGUCGACUAUACCGACGCCAGAAUGUAGCAGAGAUUCACCUAUUAUCUACGGGAUUUGGCAGACUUUAACAACGCAAAAAACAAAAUCUGAAUUAGCAUUGGCUUGUUUUCUGGUAAGCGUGGAUAAAACUCGUACACUUUUGGAACAUGCUAAGAAUUCGAAAAAUAAAACUCCUUUGGAUCUUCUCAAUGAGGACCCCCAAGUUACAGUGCUCACUAAACUUUUAAAAUCAUACGAAUAUCAAAGCAAUAAUGUGCAACUUGAAAUAGGAAAUAGUUCAUCGUCUAGUUGUACAGAAGCUACGAUACAUCAUAGAACUACCACAUCGGAAUCAGAAUUAUUGCGUGAAAACGUUCAAAUUAAUUCUACCGAAUCUGCUAAAUGCUGUAGUUGCCCACAAUUUUUAAUUAAUUCAAAAGAAGAAUCUCGAUUCGAUCCUAGUGGUAGUGUUCCUAAUUUUGUUGCUUGUCCACAUUGUAGAAACAAGACAAACCAAUCAGAAAUAAUUCAAGAUGGCCCAACGGCGAUGGCGAAUAUACCUACGGUUAAAACAGAUAAGAAAAUAACAGAUGUUUCAUUGGAAUAUAAAAUAAAAGAAGAUAAAGGAGAUGAUGAGAAGGAAAAAGAAAGACAUCUCGAACGAUUGCGUUAUUUGGAAACUAGGGUAGCUGAUCUUGAAGAAGCUAAUAUGUGUAGUAUUUGCAUGGAACGUCGACGAAACGUUGCCUUUCUAUGUGGUCAUGGUGCUUGUGAACAUUGUGCAGCACCUUUAAAAACAUGUCAUAUGUGUCGUAAAACUAUUACUAAAAAAAUUAAUCUAUAUUAGAAAUUAAACUAAUGAGAUAAUAAUUAAUGUCAGACUAUACAGAAAGAAAAAAAAAUAGUAAAAGUAGAUAGACAAUUAAAUUCCUAUUUGGGACUGAAAAUUAUAAAUGAAACUCAUUGUUAAGUUGAAUUUCAAGUAUUAGUUAGAUUUGAAAUAUCUUUUUAUCAUUUCCUUUUAUUUUUCUUUAUUUAAUUUUAUUAGUUCAAUAAAAAAAU